ACCGACUUCCUGUAUUUUGCUUGAUCUUUUCUGUCUUUCGAAAUAUUUGUCGCCAACUUCGCUGUUUUCUAAAAAGAUACUGUUUUUUACCGAAAAAGGGAAGAAGAAUAAAUACAAAACUCCUCGCCACAAGUCUUAACGUUGCGUUGCGUUGCUCCUAUAUUGUACCCCUGGGUCAACUAUCACCAUACCUAGUGGUUGACUUACUCCUGUCUUGUCGCCAACCGAAUUACAGACCACCAAUUCUCUCCGGAUAUCCAGGAAAAGGAAGAAGAGAACUCCUCAAACAUGUUAACCUACGAUAAUCCAAUUUCGGUGAAUGGGAAGCAUGCGUCCUCGGCUGGCAUGACUGCCACGACAAUGACUAACAUGAACCCAAACCCGAAGCCGAUUAACGCUACUAUGACACCGGUAACUUCGAACAACACUAUCGCCAAAACCAACGGUAAAACUGCGCCCAGACACCACCACAUUUGGCUAGUCACUGGUCCCGCCGGUUGUGGCAAGACUACUGUUGCUCAGCACUUGUCAAAAUCUCUCAACUUACCUUAUAUCGAGGGCGAUGAGUUUCACACAAAAGCAAACGUUGAGAAAAUGGCCAAUGGCAUACCACUGACAGACAUUGAUCGGUGGGACUGGCUUACAGCCUUACGAGAGGAGUCUUUGCGACAACUAGCAUCUGGCGCCGAAGGAGUGGUACUCACUUGCUCAGCUCUUAAGCGCAAAUAUCGCGAUGUUAUUCGAGUGGCUCCUUACUACUCACACGAUGUCGUUCUCCACUUCAUUUAUCUCCAUGCCCCAGAAUCUGUUCUACUCGAGCGAGUUGGGGCAAGACAGGGACAUUAUAUGGGUGCCAACAUGGUUCAUAGCCAGUUCUCCAUUUUGGAGCCGCCGACAGCCGAAGAAACCGAUGUGAUCAGUAUCGAUGUGAGCAGGUCGAUGGACGAUAUUCUGAGAGAAACCUUGGACAAGGUUCUCCAGAAGGUUGACGAGACUACAUCAAGCUGACCGAAGCUGGUAACCUAGGGUUUGGUAGGGCAGGAUUAGGCAUGACGUGAUAUGAACAUGGAACGACGGAUGCAAUCAUCCAGGGACGAGGUACAUGAAUGGAAUUAGCGAUGUUUCUUUCUCAUCCAUGUGAAUUCAGGAGUUGGUUACGUUAUUCAGUUUGGCGCAAUGAGAAAGGCACAGGGGGGGGGUGAUCCAACUACUUUUCCAGUAUACAGUACAUUACAUCACACAGGUAGCA